AUGCCUUUCUUCUGCAUAUUGCUCAAGCCACACUUGCGCGGUGCGGUGCGCCCGACGUCGGUCGACUCCUGCGCCCGCCCGGCGUGUGACCUAACUUCUCUGAGUGACGAGCAGGACUGGUUUAUGCUGCGUAACGCUAUUCGACUCGGACUUGCCAUGGCGCGUAAGGCCAAGGAGGGUGACUAUUCUCUCUAUGUCAUGUUGCAGCCAGAAAGCGAGACCAAUGAUGCCAUCUACACCUUCGUGCACAAGAGUAUUCGCAUGACGUUUCACUACUCAUUGACGUACCGCAUGGCCCCCGAGGCUGAAGGAGGCAUCGUCGAUGAUGAGCCGCGUAUGUACGGCAUUGAAGAUUUGCGCAUCGCUGAGGCAAGUAUCUUCCCAACUAUACCUGCAACACACCUUCAGGUACCCACGGCGAUGGUCGCUGCACGGUGCGCAGACUUCCUCAAGAACGCUCGGUCUUCGAAGUAA